CAUAAAGUACAAAAAUUUUUUAAAUCUUUUGUUUCUUCUUCUUUUAUUUCUUUCUAAAUAUUGAAUGAAGUUUGCUCAGGAAUUAGAACAAAGCGUAUUUCCGCCCUGGAGAUUAUCUUAUGUUGCCUAUGACAUUUUGAAACAAGAAUUAAAAUCAAGACAGCUCGAUCAUGGCUGGACAAAUAGAGACGAGAUAGAUUUCAUUGAUCUUUUGGAUAAUGAACUCAGUAAAGUAUACGACUUUGUCAAUGCCAAGCUAUCAGAAAUUGAUGCGCGUAUCCUUUAUUGUGAAAGAACUAUCCAAACACUUCAAAAGAAUCCAAUCAUGAAUUCAAAUGCAAACUACCGCAUCAUGGAUGAAGCAUUGACUGACAUCUUAUUUGAUGUCAAUGAUCUCUCGAAAUUCACGCGUAUCAACUAUACAGCGGUUCAAAAGAUCCUUAAAAAGCACGAUCGCUGGACAGGUCUGAACCUUAAACAAGACUAUGUGAUUAAAUUAAGAGAGAAACCAUUGGAUAAGCAGCGUUUUGAUGUGGCUAUUGUUUAUAUCUCUGCUCUUCAUGACAUCUGUCGUAACCGCGGAAAACAAUCGCCUGGCAACAGUGCAGCAGGAGGAGACCAAAACGCAUUUGAACGCGCCACAGCCAAGUACUGGAUUCAUCCCGAUAAUGUUACCGAGGUAAAAGCGAUGAUCAUGCUUCAUUUGCCCGUACUGGUUUUCAACAAGGACAAGAAAUACGAGGCAUCGGACUCAGCUGUUUCAAGCGUGUAUAUAGAUAACCCUAGCCUGGAUCUUUAUACUGGCCGACUUCAAAGAGAUGAAAUGGCUGAAGCUAUCCGUUUUCGUUGGUAUGGUCCUUGUUACUCAAAAAACGUAUUUGUUGAGCGAAAAACACAUCAUGCAGCUUGGUUAGAUGGCGCAUCUGUCAAGGACAGGUUCCAUAUCCAAGAAGACCAUGUCGACACAUUUGUGUCCGGCCAAUACACAGCCGAACAGAUUGUCAAGCAACUCCGAGAACAAGGUGUACAUGAAACCAUCAUUCGAGAUACGGAAUUUAUCAGUACGGGCGUUCAGACUUCGAUUCAAGAAAAGAAAUUAGAACCUAUGCUUCGUGUGUUUUAUCAUCGUACAGCCUUUCAAUUGCCAGAUUCGCAAAAACUAAGGAUUUCUUUGGACACGGAUUUAACAUUUAUUCGUGAAGAUCAUUUGGACGGCAAAAAGCGUCGAGAAAACAACCAUUGGAGACGCACAGAUGUAGGUAUCGAUAGUCCCUUUUCUUAUCUUCCUGAAGAAGACGUGUUACGCUUCCCUUAUGCUGUGCUGGAAACAAAGCUUCAGACACAUUUGGGUCAAGCAUCUCCAGCUUGGUUAACUUCAUUGGUUGAAAGUCAUUUGGUCCAUGAAGUGCCUCGGUUCUCAAAGUAUCUACAUGGGGCAAGUCAUUUCUAUCGUGAUCAUUUGGCUUUGCUUCCUUGGUGGUUAUCUGAAAUGAAAGUGGAUAUUCGCAAACCGCGUGCUGAAAAUAGCGGCUUGACUCGUUCACGAAGCUUUAAGCCUUUGAUUGAUGGUCAGUAUCGUCGAGCAAUGAUUGAAGAAAAAGAACGUAUCAACACAGAGGCUGUGAUAAAAGAAGGUGAGCUAACAGCAGACACAUUAACUGCCACAUCAAGUACAGAACAACUCAAAAGACAAUCUAUUUCGCUCGAUGAAAAGACAGCCGCUGCUUUAAAACCUAUCAACAAAGCAGAGGAAUGUACACUGAUCGACAUUGACACUAGUUCCAAAUCAAGUAUACCACAGCCUGUGACUCGAGAAAGUGUUCCUCAAGUGUAUUCUGUGUCCAACGAUAAUACCAGUCAUACUGAAAGUCCGUUGAUGCCAACGAACGAUAAAAAAAAACUAGGCGAGCCCGUGUUUGAUCUAGAAAAGGGUGUCAAAAAGCAAAAAGUGAAAGGAAAAGAUCCCAAAACGUUCUUUGCAAAUGAGCGUACAUUUCUCUCUUGGCUGCAGUUCUGUGCUCUAUUGUUGACAGUAGCAUUGAACUUGCUUAAUUUUGGUGAUAAUGUAUCUCGUAUUGUAGGUGGUGUAUUUAUUGGUUUAGCUGGCGGUGUAGCUAUCUAUGCCUUGUAUAGAUUUGAAAAGAGAUCAUGGUAAGUGAUGAUCAAUCAUCGCUCCCAGGGUCGAUAUGAUGAUAUUUGGGGUCCUGCUGUUCUUUGUACACUAUUAGUGGCUGCUAUUAUUAUCAACUUUUACUUGCGUUUUCACAACUAACAUUGUAACAAAUAUUCAUUCCAUAUUCCAUUGUAUAAUAACAUCAUCGCUUCUUCAAAUGAAUUAGUUCAGUGUUACCA